AUGAGCUCAGCAAAGGCAAUGCAGGAUGAUUCAGUUCUCCUGCCACAGGGAUCACACACAAUGAUGCUCAGGCGGCUAGCUCGCGACACUCUAGUUUGGCUCGCCGUGAAGUGGCUAGACGAUGUGCCGCUUUGUAUACCGCAUAGCGCGUUGAUAGGAGAUGAAGGCGAAGCUGACGAUAGCACGCCUCAGAUAAUUGGAGAUAUUAGGGAUUUAUACAUAAGUUUUCAGGACCGGAACGUGCCGCGGAAAACUGUGGUUGAGAGGAUGAUCUAUGUCGACUGGGUUCGUGGAUUUAAUAUGCAGCAGGCCGCUGAUAUUGAAUUUCAACAUAUAUUCGAGAAGCAAAAUGCGCUGAAAUGGACGGCUUCACGAGUUUCGAUAGUAUCCCCAAACUCAGGAGUGGAAGAUUCCAGUAAAAACGAACGUCUUCCUGCCUUCCAUGUUCCCGCCUUCAUGAGGACGCUCAAAAAGUCGCUUCAGGCACUGAUAGGAAACCAUCUACAUAUUGCUCAGCAUCCUUCGCUCUCGUUGAUCAUAUUGCGGAUAAGUCUACAUGAUCGCAAUUUCACAAGAUCUGGACUACCAGCUCCGCGAAGGGUGGUGUUUGUCGCGUUUCCGACAGCACCCUUGCACCUUUUUCAUACGCCAUUUAUAAGCCCGUACUACAAGAUUCUGAAACAGUGUAUUGAGGCAUCACUGUCAUUUCCUGGACUACAAGUCCGUCUUCUGCCUACUUCUCUGACGGCGAAAUCGCUUGCAACUCUAGUCCAUCUCCGCACAACAUCGCGCAGCUCGACAGCGCUGGGAGGUUGGAGUGUAUAUGCCAAUGACGCUGUCGACCAUUCUCCGCUAGCUUCGGCUGAGGAGAUCCUGCAGAAGAAGAUAGAUGAGACAGUAAAGGAGGAUAUUGAGGAGAUAGACGAGGAAGCAAAGCGGGAACGAAAACGACUAAAGACUAUUGAUGCCCGAUUUGGUGUUACCGCGCCACUUCCUCUAGAUGAAGAAGAAGAUGGCGAUCUCGCGGACGAGCAGCAACUUCAGGAGCUAGUGCUUGAGGAUAGUCUGGCCUUGACUCAUGUCGAAUUCCGGUUGGAGGAUGACCAUGUGGACAGCCAAUUCGACGAAGCGUUUACGACGAAGACCCGAGUAUUAAUCGAAGGGACGCACGUCUUUGAGGGAAUGCGACGGUUAGCUCGGAAGGGCCUUGUCGAUGAACAGAGGAUGCCGGCAUGGGUUACCGGAGAAUUGGGAGUGUCGGUGGGUGUCAUUGUAAAUGGCGUAUAUGUCGCUCCGAGCAUAGCGGACAGUUAG